AUGGAUGCUAACCACCUUGUGCAGGGGCGGAGUGGUAUUCCUGAGGUCCCUACCUCAGGACUCCCAUCCCCACCAACAAGUCCCCCCCUCGCCGCGCUGAACUCGUCGAACGAGCUCGCUCUUCUGCCCAAGACUUCGGGCAAGAGGACAGAAACACCGGGUCGCCACCCGGAGCGACGAGGGGGGGCAGCACUCAUGAUCAGGGAAGAAUGUGAGAGAUUCUUUUGCGAGUCCAUGAAGACUGUGUUUCACGGUGAGGGGAACCAGUCGAUGAAUGGCUCCGGCCUGUCAGGUGCUUACUUGCAGACGCCACCGCCAGAGGAACACAUCGCUCUGGAGCUUAACGGUCACGAUGUCUCAAGUCCUCAUGCCCGCGCCUUCGAGAUUGAUUCCUGGAUGGAGGUCUGGGACUAUGCUGGCGGCGCCAGCUUCCGCGCCUUUGUCGCCCACAAUGGGCAUGAGAGAUCUUUGUUUGUCUUCUUCGAUGUUCAAGGAUCCGUUGGGAGAGAUCUCAAGAGAGCGCUCAUGGCCCUCAUUGAGCUCGCCGAUGGCCCCUUGAACUGCAGCCACAUUGUCACUUGCAUCGAUCGUCGCAUGACCGCCGACGAAGCUCUCGCUUUGACGAAAAGUCUACAGUGGGUAGGCUUUGAAAUGACCACACUCGACCACUGGGCUGGUGAUUUGGAUGUCACCAGCAAAAAAUGGGUAUUCAUGGGCAUGGAGUUGUAG